CUGACAGUGUACGCCACCUCGAUGGACAGAAAUCGGAAUGAAAAAAACCACGUGUAUUUGAGGGUGAACAAUAUAACUCUGAGGUGGGCCUUAAAAGAAAAGAAAACGUCACGCCACUGCAACAAAUUCCUCAUCUACAUCUGAAACGACACUUUCCCCAGAAAAACAAAUGCAAAAAUCAUCCGCCAGUCCCUCAGCUGCCGUGCAAUCAACAGACAAUGACUGCGUCACCAGUCAACGCAACACCGUGAAACAAACGACCGCCCAAACUCAUACACUGAUUUGUGGCAGGGCCGGAUGUCCGGUCGUUUUCGUUUACGAUGUUGGCACUGACUGGCCCAUGGUCAGUUGCCUCAUCAAUGACCACUCGCCGGUCUGUCAGGGCGGGUUUUAUGAGCUCAGCCAUUCACCUCCCCGCUGCGACGCACAACAAACGCUGAGCCCUCCGCAGCUCGCUCCUGAGAGCUCGGGGGUCAAUAACAGUAAUCGCAAUGACAAAGUCAUCGCGGGCGAUAGCAAACGGAGAAAAAAUGAGGAUCAAAGAAAACAGGAGCUCGAGAACGACGAGUACACCGAGGAUGUACGACCCAUAUCCGUCAGGUGCCGCGGAUGUCAGAAGGCCAUCAGCCUCGACAAGCGCUCCAGGUACUAUCCUGGACUGUGGAUCAAGCACAGGGGUAAAUGCGCGGGCAUCCUCAAGAUAGAGACAUUUAAAAAACUAACCAGGAGAAGAGACUGGUUUUGUCCGUCGAAUCCAGAACGGCGCCCGCCAGCCGCUUCCUCAUUUGCGUUUGACGCGAGCGGUGAAGAGUCGGACGAGGAUGAGUACGAGGGUGAAUAUGAGGUGAUGGGAUUCAGCAGUAAGUCAGUCCUCGAUGGGAGCGAAUUCUCCGAUUCACCACGAAAUCUAGCGUCAGACGUGCGAUUCUUCCACGACGGCUGGGAAAAGGGUGAAAGGUGACGAGUGUACCGGUACGCCACUACGAAGGAAU